GGUGGGGGCGAGCUCUCGCGAGAGCGAGUUCUUUGGCUGCUGCCGCGGCUGCCACCUCUUACCAGCGCCGUUGCUGCGGAGGAUUGUGGGAGCCUCGGUGUCCCGCUCGCUGGGAGAGAGGUACCUCUCCUUUCCCCUCUCCCUUUCCUUAAGAGUUGUCUGCUGGUUCUCAGCUUGAAGAAGAUUCUACAGUCCUUAUUGAUCCUUUUUCUUGGCGUUACCAUUUUUUGAAGCACAGUUAAUCUAGUUUUCUAGUUUGAGCUUUCUUUUUGGCCAUCUUUAAAAAAAAAUUUUUUUAAAUCUAUAAACUAGCCAAGAGAUAGUUCUACAAUGUCCAAGUCAUUCCAGCAGUCAUCUCUCGGUAGGGACACGCAGGGUCAUGGGCGUGACCUGUCUGCAGCAGGAAUAGGCCUUCUUGCUGCUGCUACCCAGUCUUUAAGUAUGCCAGCAUCUCUUGGAAGGAUGAACCAGGGUACUGCACGCCUUGCUAGUUUAAUGAAUCUUGGAAUGAGUUCUUCAUUGAAUCAACAAGGAGCUCAUAGUGCACUGUCUUCUGCUAGUACUUCUUCCCAUAAUUUGCAAUCUAUAUUUAACAUUGGAAGUAGAGGUCCACUCCCUUUGUCUUCUCAACACCGUGGAGAUGCAGACCAGGCCAUUAACAUUUUGGCCAGCUUUGGUCUGUCUGCUAGAGACUUAGAUGAACUGAGCCGUUAUCCAGAGGACAAGAUAACUCCUGAGAAUUUGCCCCAAAUCCUUCUACAACUUAAAAGGAGGAGAACUGAAGAAGGCCCUACAUUGAGUUAUGGUAGAGAUGGCAGAUCUGCUACACGGGAGCCACCAUACAGAGUACCUAGGGAUGAUUGGGAAGAAAAAAGGCACUUUAGAAGAGAUAGUUUUGAUGAUCGUGGGCCUAGUCUCAACCCAGUGCUUGAUUAUGACCAUGGAAGUCGUUCUCAAGAAUCUGGUUAUUAUGACAGAAUGGAUUAUGAAGAUGACAGAUUAAGAGAUGGAGAAAGGUGUAGGGAUGAUUCCUUUUUUGGUGAGACCUCGCAUAACUAUCAUAAAUUUGACAGUGAUUAUGAGAGAAUGGGACGUGGUCCUGGCCCCUUACAAGAGAGAUCUCUCUUUGAGAAAAAGAGGGGCGCUCCUCCAAGUAGCAAUAUUGAAGACUUCCAUGGACUCUUACCGAAGGGUUAUCCCCAUCUGUGCUCUAUAUGUGACUUGCCAGUUCAUUCUAAUAAGGAGUGGAGUCAACAUAUCAAUGGAGCAAGUCACAGUCGUCGAUGCCAGCUGCUGCUUGAAAUCUACCCAGAAUGGAACCCUGACAAUGAUACAGGACACACAAUGGGUGAUCCCUUCAUGUUGCAACAAUCUACAAACCCAGCGCCAGGAAUUUUGGGGCCUCCACCUCCCUCGUUUCAUCUUGGGGGACCAGCAGUUGGACCAAGAGGAAAUCUGGGUGCUGGAAAUGGGAACCUGCAAGGACCAAGACACAUGCAAAAAGGCAGAGUGGAAACUAGCCGAGUUGUUCACAUCAUGGAUUUCCAGCGAGGCAAAAACUUGAGAUAUCAAUUAUUACAGCUGGUGGAACCAUUUGGAGUCAUUUCAAAUCAUCUGAUUUUAAACAAAAUUAAUGAGGCAUUUAUUGAAAUGGCAACCACAGAAGAUGCUCAGGCUGCAGUGGAUUAUUAUACAACCACACCAGCAUUAGUAUUUGGCAAGCCAGUGAGAGUCCAUUUAUCCCAGAAGUAUAAAAGAAUAAAGAAACCAGAAGGGAAACCAGACCAGAAGUUUGAUCAGAAGCAGGAGCUUGGUCGUGUGAUACAUCUCAGCAACUUACCUCAUUCUGGCUAUUCUGACAGUGCUGUACUUAAGCUUGCUGAGCCUUAUGGGAAAAUAAAGAAUUAUAUACUGAUGAGGAUGAAAAGUCAGGCCUUUAUUGAGAUGGAGACCAGAGAAGAUGCUAUGGCAAUGGUUGACCACUGUUUGAAAAAGGCCCUUUGGUUUCAGGGGAGAUGUGUGAAAGUUGACCUGUCUGAAAAAUACAAAAAAUUGGUACUAAGGAUUCCUAACAGAGGCAUUGACUUGCUGAAAAAAGAUAAAUCCCGUAAAAGAUCUUAUUCUCCAGAUGGCAAAGAAUCUCCAACCGAUAAGAAAUCCAAAACUGAUGGUUCCCAGAAGACUGAAGGUACAACUGAAGGUAAAGAACAAGAAGAAAAGUCAGGUGAAGAUGGUGAGAAAGAUACAAAAGAUGACCAGGCAGAACAAGAACCCAGCAUGCUUCUAGAAUCUGAAGAUGAAUUACUGGUAGACGAAGAAGAAGCAGCAGCACUACUAGAAAGUGGCAGUUCAGUGGGAGAUGAGACAGAUCUUGCUAAUUUAGGUGAUGUGACUUCUGAUGGGAAAAAGGAACCUUCAGACAAAGCUGUGAAAAAAGAUGGAAAUGCGAGUGCUUCGGCUGCAAAGAAGAAGCUUAAAAAGGUGGACAAGAUCGAGGAACUUGAUCAAGAAAAUGAAGCAGCGUUGGAAAAUGGGAUUAAAAAUGAGGAAAAUACGGAACCAGGUGCUGAAUCUGCUGAGAACGCUGAUGAUCCCAACAAAGAUACAAAUGAGAAUGCAGAUGGCCAAAGUGAUGAAAACAAGGAGGACUAUACAAUCCCAGAUGAGUAUAGAAUUGGACCAUAUCAACCCAAUGUUCCUGUUGGUAUAGACUAUGUGAUACCUAAAACAGGGUUUUACUGUAAGCUGUGUUCACUCUUUUAUACAAAUGAAGAAGUUGCAAAGAAUACUCAUUGCAGCAGCCUUCCUCAUUAUCAGAAAUUAAAGAAAUUUCUGAAUAAAUUGGCAGAAGAACGCAGACAGAAAAAAGAAGCUUAAGAUGUGCAAGAAGCUUAACGAUUUCAAGGAAAAUAAUAGUUCUUCGUUUUUAAUGUUAACCUUUUUUAAAUACAAUAUUGAUAGUUAGAAGAAAACUAUUGUACUCUUUUGUUUAGUGGAAAAAUAAUAGAUGUCUGUUCUUGUGUUAAGUGUUAUAGCAAAAACACAUACGGUUAAAUUAAUGAAGAAUUUUUGUUUUAUCAGAAUGGUAACAGACAAAUACUUUGUAGAGACUUACUUCGUAAGCUACUUGAGACAACUUGCACCACUAAAAAAAUGACACGUAGAACUAUUCAAAGAAAUGAAAUUUAGUAGUUCUAAGCUUCAAAGAAAUGUCAAAACUUUUGAUUCCAUUCAAUAAAGAACAAAACCAGUUGUAUUUUUAUUACUUUUCAUCUGAAACAUUCCACCUUUUAAUCUGAGCCUUGCAGACUUUUCAUUUGGAGUUUGAAGCUUUUUUUUUAUUUUAUUAAUGCAUUUCAUUUUUUGGUAACUUUAUUAACUGAAGUUAGCAAUUAAAAUACAGGUGCAGUUUUCUUUUAAUGUUAUGCAGUUUAGGUAAUAAGAAAUAUUAAGUAACUGGCUUUAGAUUUUGUAAUUUCCCCCCCUAAGUUUCUGCUAGAUUUCGUAUUCUAGUAGUCAAUGUAUUUUCAGUGAAAUGUAAAAAUAUCCUCAUUCUCUUUGACCAGUAUUAAUUUCUAUAGACUUUAUUGCUUGUCACUUGAAUCCUGUAGCUGUCAUACACCUGGUAUAAGCAACAUUUGAUUUUUGAAGUGUGUAAACCAUCUUUUCCUAUUUUUAAGAUGUAAUUUUACAUUUCUGCAUUUAAAAAGUUUGGCCAUAAUCUAAACGCACGCUUCUAAUCCAUGUACUUGCACAUGUGACUUUUGUGAACAGAAAUUUGCAUGUAUUAUCUGUGUUUACUUGUAACUUUCUGGUUAUAUACUGCUUAUAUCUGUGGAUUCAAGUUUCUGAGGUGAAAUACCAAUAAAAACUUAGGUCAUGUUCAUUGGUUAUACAUGUUUGAAAUGUUAACCAA